CCCUUUUCUACUUUUUAUAUAUUUCUUUUUUCUCUUUGUUGCCACUCCUUACGUCAAACCCCUCUUUCCUUUAUAUCAUGAAGUUUUCUAUUGCUACUGCCUCUGCUCUUUUAUUCACUGCUAUUGCUACUGUCAAUGCUGAUGAAUAUGCUUCUGCUAUGAAGCAAUGGUGUGGUGGUCUUUCUGUUCCUACUCCUGAUGGUAAUGCUGUUUUCGUUGCUGGUAGCAAUGCUCAUAUCAGUGUUCACAAUCAACCUAACGAUUCUCACCAAAAGACUAUUACUGGUUUGGAUUUAUACUCUGUUGCCUCUGAUGGUUCUGCUAAAUAUGUUCAAAAUGUAUGGAAGGGUAGCCAACCUUUAACUACUGAUGCUUCUAUUGAUGAUCAAAUUCCUUCCAAUACCGCUGCUGGUCAAUACUAUUACCGUGUUUGGGUUACCAAUCAAGUUAAUGGUAUGCAUGGUCCUGAUUGUUUACAAACUUCUCAUACAUUCAAGGUUACUACUGCUAGUCACACUAAUGCUGCUGGUUUGACUGAAUAUGCUGAAAACUUGGAUGAUGAAUCUAUCUACAAUCCCAAACAUGCCAAGGGUUGUUUCGGUCUUACUGUUCAAUAUCCUGCCAAAGAUCAAGUCUUUACUGAAGGUGAACAUUCUCGUAUCAUGAUCAAACGUGAUUCUUCUUCCCAAACUGAUGAAUUGAAGAAGGUUGAUUUGUACAAGGUUGUCAAUGGUCAAUCCACUCUUGUUCAAAAUGCCUGGGAAGGUGUUGAAGAUCUUGGUAACUACUUUACUCUUAAGGAUCACAUCGUCAUUCCUCAAGAACAUAUUGACCCCAGUGCUACCUACUUCUACCGAAUCGAAGCCACUUCCAACAAGCAUGCUGACGCUGUUUGCGACUUCCAAUCUCAAGAAUUCAAGAUUCAACCCAAGAACUAAAAACUUUUCCUUUUUUUUUUUUUUUUAUUAUUAUUAUUAGUUCCUGUCAAA